CUCUUCAACGACCACUCACAGACCGAAUUUUACACCGCUAUGCCUUGCAGGUGACAUUAAAAUGGCUCCAAUCGCGCCCAGCAACCUGAGUUCCAACUGGAAGAAGCUCCAGGCGACCUUGAAGACUUCGACGCCGACCGCAUCUCCGAAGCCUAAGAAAUCCGACAACGAGACACACCCCCCACUCAAGCGCAAGAGGCCCCAGAAAGCCAAUGGAGAACACGCAUACGUGUCUCCCAAGUCUGUGAACGGUUCAGCGACAAUCACACUACCGAAACCACUUCCGUCAAGAAAACGACAAAAGAUGGAAGAGCCCGCCUCUGUUGGGGCUUCAAUCAAGCAGCAUGACGCCAAAACCCUCUCCACGAGCGCAUCUAUGCCUUCUCUCCGCCAGACACCCCUCCUGAGCUCCUCGAGGGACGUCGACCAAGCCGUCUCCAUCCUCGAACCCCACCCCGACUUCCCCGACGUCGAGAACGAAGGCGUGUCUGAGCUGGCACUGCCCGGCAAAUACGUUGCGCUGGAUUGCGAAAUGGUUGGAAUUGGUCCAGAACCCAAGCGCGACUCGGCCUUGGCUCGAGUGUCUCUAGUAAACUAUCACGGCCACCAAGUCUACGACUCCUACGUCCAAAUCCCUAAGAAGAUCGAAGUGACCGACUACCGCACCGCCGUGUCCGGUAUCGAGCCCAAGCAUCUCCGCCCAGAUGUCGCGCGACCCUUUGAAGAAGUACGAAGCGACCUCAAGAUCCUCCUCGGAGGGCGCAUACUCGUUGGGCACGCUGUAAAGAACGACCUCGACGUGCUAAUUCAGAAGCAUGACAAGCGCCUCAUCCGCGACACCUCCAAGUUCUCGAAGUUCCGAGCGUUGGCCAACAUACCAGGACGGACGCCGGGAUUAAAGCUCCUGGCAGAGAAACUGCUAGGCGUGGAGAUUCAGGUUGGUGCGCAUAGCUCUGUUGAGGAUGCACGGGCUACUAUGGCGCUGUUCAGGCUGGAGAAAGGCGACUUUGAAAAGGAGGUUCGCCAAAAAUAUGGGCACGUCAGACUCGAAGCUGCUGCGCCCGAUGUGGACGUCGACGUCGCCGGAGAUGACGAGGUCAAGCCGAAGAACAAGAACAAGAAGAAAAAAAAGAAGAAGAAGAACUGAAAAUGAGGCUGGCGAGUUUGGCAAGUUUGGCGUGCUUAUGGAACUGCAUUGGGUUUCGGGAUGGGCAUUUGGAUACCCGUCAAAACUUCCCGAGUUUGGCAGGUGUUGUAGGCGACAUUUUUUUAGUGUACAUCAAUCUUAAAAAACUUUCACACUUGAUCUUGUUUCCCGGUAAACAUAGCUGGUCCCAAGAGACAGGAUAGCCCAAGAGACACUCGAUGCGACCUCA